CACAGAUGUUGUUUCCGUGCAAAUUUCAAAUGCAAUCGACAAACGAACGAGUAGUCAAACAGCUACAACCGCACAUGCAUUAACGUAAUUACGUUUUUAGAGUGAAAGGCCAUUUACGCUUUAAAGGAGGGUUGUUUUAAUUUACCUAGUUUGUGUACUGUGGCGACAUGAGAGUGAGUGAAGUCCACGCAGCAGAGUCCGUUGCCUAUCUCAACAGGGCUCUGGUCAGGCUGCAGGAUAUUUGGGAAGAAAUAGGGAUUCCUGAAGAGCAGCGCCUACAGAGAACCAAUGAUGUGCACAAGCAUAUUAAAGGUUUGCUGGACCUGAUGAUUGCAGAAGAAGAGCAACUUAAGAAGCGUUUACUGAAAACCAUAGAAUCUUGUAGCAAGGAACUUGCUACUUUAUACAGUGAACUUCAGCUGCCCCCCUUUGAGGAAGAGGAUGGAUGCACCAUAUUGCAAGCUGAGAAGAAUAGCCGCACACGUCUAGAGGUGAUGAAGGAGCACAAGAAGCAGAGAAUGGAGGAGCUGAAAGGCUUGGUUGUGAAAGACAGAGAGCUAUGUGAUAUUAUGUGCACUACACCCUUCUCCAUUGACCAGAGUGCUGUCCCGUCACUGAAGCAACUAGAGAGUUAUCAUGCCUACCUUGAAGAUCUGACCAAAGAGAAGGAGCAUCGUCAUGAGGAAUUUGUGAGCAUCAAAAAGGAGAUUGUUGUUUGCAUGGAUGAUUUGGAGCAAAGCCCACAAACCAGCUUUGAGAUGGAUGUGAUGUGUGAGGAUGAUGAGGCCUUUUGCCUGUCAAAUGACAACAUUGCUGCUCUUAAACAACUCCUCAGUCAGUUACAAGAACAGAAAGCUGAGAAGGAGAUUCUUUGUUCAGAUCUGCGGACAAAGAUCCAACAGCUGUGGGAAAGGCUUCAGAUUCCUCACGAGGACAGAGAGGCCUUCUCUGAGCAUAUGGUCAAGUCAAAGAAGAAGAACAUCGAUGCACUUCAUGCUGAGGUCCAGCGUCUGGAGUUGCUGAAAAUGCAGAGCAUGAGACGUGUCAUCGAGGCUAUCAGAACAGAGAUUUCUCUUCUGUGGAAGAAAUGCUUCUACAGCCACGAACAGCAGCAAGCUUUUGUUCCAUAUCACGAUGAGGAAUUCACAGAGGAGCUUUUCAACCUCCAUGAAGCUGAAGUCAAGAGCCUAAAGAAGUACUACGAGGACCACAAGGAACUCUUUGAAGGAGUCGCAAAAUGGCAGGACAACUGGCUCUUGUACUUGGAACUUGAUAAAAAGGCAAAUGACCCUUCAAGGUUCAACAACAGAGGAGGAAACCUUCUGAAAGAAGAAAAGCAAAGGACUGACCUGCAGAAAAGUUUACCUAAGUUGGAGAAGAGCCUGAAGGUCCAGAUUGAUGCUUGGGAACAGGAGCAUGGCAAGGAGUUUCUGGUGAAUGGGCAGAAAUUUCUUGAGUAUGUGCAGCAGCAGUGGGAGCAGCACCAUGAGGAAAAGGAGAGAGAGAAACUCGAGAGACAACUGAAGAAAACUAAGCAAACACAAGAGGAUAUGUUGUACGGCACAACAGUGAAAACCCCAUCUAAACGGCGACUUGCAGGAACUACAACUCCUGGAAAAAUGAGGAAGUUAAAUGGAACUUCAACCCUCUCCACUCCAAACAGCUUUUAUAGUUCAGGCUUCAGUGGAAGCGUAUGCCAGUUCUCCAUUCAGAAACCACCACUAUCUGCCAGCAAGGGUAUUGGCCUCAAAAUCCCAGGACAUAACAAGACACCCCGCACAAUUGACCGAAACAAGGAAAACAUCUCCCAUCCCAGAAAUGCUCCGUGUGGCACACCAAGGUCUCAGGAUACUCAAGAUCACACCUUCACCCUUAACUCUAUUGCUGGCUCCUAUUCGGAAUUUGCGAGAGACCUCACGAAGGCUUCUAAACUGAAUGUCAAGUCAGGAUUGCUGAAUUCCACUGUCAGUCAUCAGUGAUGCUUCAGAGGAGCUGCUCUGGCACUGCAAGUUUUCCAGCUCAGUGGUGGUGUGGUGUUGUGGGGAAAGAGGGAACUCCACCUUCAAUUUUUUACAAAAAAUUUAAAAAAUGGUUUUUAAUUUUUUGUGAUUUUUAUUUUGUAGUCUUGAUUUUAGCCGUAAGACUUUCACAGUAACUGCUUUCACUGUUCUUUUCUGGUGUGUGCGUGUAUUUCUGUGGCUAUUUCUGAACUAGAUUUUUUUUUCCCCUUGUUACAGCCUUUUUAAAAUGUCAUUUGCUAAAACUAAGACAUUAUUUAUUUCAGUACUGUAGGGUUUACAAAGGGCACCAUGAUGUUCUGCUUCAAGCUGGAAUGAUUGCUACAUUUGCUAUUCAAAGUCUAUCAAGUAUUUUUUUUCAAACUGUAAAUAAAUGUUUAAAAAAUAAAAAGAUAAGUUGAUUUUUUUUUAUU